ACCCCGCCCCGACCCUGCAGGCGGGCUCUCCACCGGGGUCUGCGCGGCCCCGCGGGGGUCCUGACAGGCAGAGCGACUGCAGUAGGAGGGGGCGGGCCCUGCUCUCGGUCCGCCCCACGCCGGGCUCGGGGUGGGGGCUCGGGGCCUAUUACGGGAUGGAAGCUCCGGGUGUCGCGGGGGCGGGAGGAAUUAAGGGAGGGAGAGAGGCGCGCUGGUGAAAGGCGCAUUGAUGCAGCCUGCUGCGGCCUCCGAGCGCUGCGGGGCCAGACGCUGACCACGUUCCGCUCCUCGAUCUCCUCCGCCUCCAGCUCCGCGCUGCCCGGCAGCCGGUAGCCAUGCGACCCCAGGGCCCCGCCGCCUCCCCGCAGCGGCUCCGUGGCCUCCUGCUGCUCCUGCUGCUGCAGCUGCCCGCGCCGUCGAGCGCCUCUGAGAUCCCCAAGGGGAAGCAAAAGGCGCAGCUCCGGCAGAGGGAGGUGGUGGACCUGUAUAAUGGAAUGUGCUUACAAGGGCCAGCAGGAGUGCCUGGUCGAGACGGGAGCCCUGGGGCCAAUGGCAUUCCGGGUACACCUGGGAUCCCAGGUCGGGAUGGAUUCAAAGGAGAAAAGGGGGAAUGUUUGAGGGAAAGCUUUGAGGAGUCCUGGACACCCAACUACAAGCAGUGUUCAUGGAGUUCAUUGAAUUAUGGCAUAGAUCUUGGGAAAAUUGCGGAGUGUACAUUUACAAAGAUGCGUUCAAAUAGUGCUCUAAGAGUUUUGUUCAGUGGCUCACUUCGGCUAAAAUGCAGAAACGCAUGCUGUCAGCGUUGGUAUUUCACAUUCAAUGGAGCUGAAUGUUCAGGACCUCUUCCCAUUGAAGCUAUAAUUUACUUGGACCAAGGAAGCCCUGAAAUGAAUUCAACAAUUAAUAUUCAUCGCACUUCUUCUGUGGAAGGACUUUGUGAAGGAAUUGGUGCUGGAUUAGUGGAUGUUGCUAUCUGGGUUGGUACUUGUUCAGAUUACCCAAAAGGAGAUGCUUCUACUGGAUGGAAUUCAGUUUCUCGCAUCAUUAUUGAAGAACUACCAAAAUAAAUGCUUUAAUUUUCA